ACGGCGGCAGAAAGAUUAGCGAACAAUCUCCUAUCACUGAAGUAACCCUCGUCAGAGGCGGCGGCGCCGCGUGCGCACGGCCGGAAGCCGCGACAGGUGCGGCCCCGGCAACGCCGGCCCCCUCCAGGCGGCCGCCGAACGCAGCCCGCCGCUCGCCGUCGGCGCGACGUCGGCGCGACUUCCGAGCCGGCCCGGCAGGGGAGCGGAUGAGCGCCCGGUGAGCGCCCCUCUGCGUGUCGCCAUGGCCGCGCGCCCGGGCCCGCUGUGGCUCCUGGGGCUGGCGCUGUGCGCGCUGAGCGGCAGCGGCGGCCCCGGCGGCCCUGGCCCGCGCCCCCCGCCGGGCUGCCUGCAGCGUCGUCUGGGCCCGCGCGAGCGGCGCGAGAUGCAGCGCGAGAUCCUGGCGGUGCUCGGACUGCCCGGGCGGUCCCGGCCCCGAGCGCCGCCCGCCGCCGCCCGCCUGCCCGCGUCCGCGCCGCUCUUCAUGCUGGACCUCUACCACGCCAUGGCUGGCAACGACGACGAGGACGGCGGGCGCUCGGAGCGGGGCCUCGGCCGCGCCGACCUGGUCAUGAGCUUCGUCAACAUGGUGGAGCUCGACCGCACCCUGGACCCCCAGGAGCCCCACUGGAAGGAGUUCCGGUUUGACCUGACCCAGAUCCCAGCAGGGGAGGUGGUCACAGCUGCAGAGCUCCGGAUUUAUAAGCUGCCCAGCCUGCACCAGAGCAACAAGACCCUCCACAUCAGCAUGUUCGCGGUCGUCGAGGAGCAGUCCAACAGGGAGUCUGACUUGUUCUUUUUGGAUCUUCAGACGCUCCGAGCUGGGGACGAGGGCUGGCUGGUGAUGGAUGUCACAGCAGCCAGUGACCACUGGUUGUUGAACAGUAACAAGGACCUUGGACUCCGACUCUAUGUGGAAACAGAGGAUGGGCACAGCAUGGAUCCUGGCCUGGCUGGGCUGCUGGGGCAACAGGCACCACGCUCCAAACAGCCUUUCAUGGUCACUUUCUUCAGGGCGAGCCCAAGUCCUGUCCGAGCCCCUCGGGCAGUGAGGCCCCUGAAGAGGAGGCCACCGAAGAAAACUAAUGAGCUGCCUCACCCAAACAAACUCCCAGGGAUCUUUGAUGACGUGCAUGGCUACAAUGGGCGACGGGUUUGCCGCCGGCACGAGCUCUAUGUCAGCUUCCAGGACCUUGGCUGGCUGGAUUGGGUCAUCGCCCCCCAAGGCUACUCCGCAUAUUACUGUGAGGGGGAGUGUUCCUUCCCUCUGGACUCCUGCAUGAACGCCACCAACCACGCCAUCCUGCAGUCCCUGGUGCACCUGAUGAAGCCAGAGACAGUCCCCAAGGCGUGCUGUGCACCCACCAAGCUGAGUGCCACUUCUGUGCUCUACUAUGACAACAGCAACAAUGUCAUCCUGCGAAAGCACCGUAACAUGGUGGUCAAGGCCUGCGGCUGCCACUGAACCCCCACCCCGCCUGGCCCUGCUGCAGCCAUCCCUCCCCAUGCCAGGCAGGGCCCUGACCAGAGGCAGGAAACCCUCAAAUGCAGUCAUAGCUCAGGUAGCAUUGGCUGUGAGGGCCCACUUCCUGCCAAGGUUCUGGUCCACUCCAGGACUCUCUGUCUCCCUUCCCUUGGGGUUUCUGGCAGACUCUCCUCCGCCCCAGUCCUACUGGGCCUACAGCACACGGUAGCUGCAGAAGUGUGUGCUGACUGGGCUGUCUGGGCUCAGCCAGAAGUCCUAUCUUAGGACCUGCCCGUGGCCAUCACUGGCCCAGCCUGGCAGCCCCAGGGUAGUCUGGGGAGCACCUGUGACCCCAGGUUGGCCAGCUGAGGCCCUGCACCAUUCAUCACAGGGUUUGGGCCUGCCCCUUCCUAAGUGCAGAACUGGGCGUUUCUGGGGCCCAGACAACAGGGAUAUGCCCUCAAUAUAGUAUAUUCUUGGAUUCUUAACUUGGCCCUGGGCAAAGUUAAGCAUAUGGGUCAGGAAAAGAAAGCUGCUUGGGCCUCAUGACUCAAGGUUGAAGCCAAUGGAGACAUUUCGAGGCAUUUAUUUUCCCGUCUUCCUGGCCUGGACCUGCCCCUGCCCCUGCCCCUGCCGCUGCUAAAAAUGGGCUUUGUGUCCAAUUACCAGCCUUUUCAGUUUGAAAGAACCUUGGGGGUCCGCAGUUUCCGCAACCAUCCCCACCAUGUUGAGCCUUCUAGAGUUCAGCACUGAGAAAAAGUUAACAUUAAUCUUUAGCAGAAGCAAUGACAGCAGCCAGAGUGGUCAAGGGUGGCAAAAAUAGCACAGAACUCACCAUUUCCUAUUCUCUUGUCCAUGACCAACAUCAGUAAUCAACCUGGGUACUUUUUCCACCGAAUGUGGAUACAGCCUCAAAAUCCUCAGCACAAAAUGCCAGACAGGCGCAACCAAUUGUUCAGAGUUAAAUGAACUUGGUUUCCCACCUCCUGCCACACUAAGGAGCAAUCCAUUCUACCCGGAGCAUGGUGCCUGAAAAGACCGGGCAGCCUAUGGCCAGGGUGGGUACCUGUCAGUGCCCACCAGUGUCUAGGAGUUAAGAACAAGCUGGUCACCAAAGUCUGUGUGACCCUGCAUGCCCAGGAGCCCUGUCCUGUUUCUCUGGGCCUGUGAGCCAAAGAAAAGGUCCCUAUCCCAGCGGAGAGACAGGUAGUAAUUAGGCAGAGCUGGGUGGGGAGGUUCAACCUAGCCACAACUGUUCCCGGAAACUACUCUCCUUUGGGAGCAGCUGCUGGGAGUUGGAGUGUUUAUUUGAUUUCUGACUUGCUACGCCUGUAAUUUACCUGCUGGCGCAGACAGAACCCAGCUGCCCAAACCCUGAAAUACUGUGUCAUUAAAAGCAGAUCCUGGGCUCACCUUAAUGAACAGGUGCAUCUCUGGAAUUCACAAUCUGCACCCCUGAGGUUCCUCCAGGGACAGCAGGUGUGGCAGCAGGAGUGGAGGCUGGGGGUGUGCUGCAGGCCAGCAGCCCCUCCAUGUGGGCCUGGGAAGGCCUCUGUGUGCCAGUGCAGAGACCCUCCCCAUUGCUCAGAGGAGCCCGUGUGGCAUAGAAUGUCUGGAAGGUGGGGAGUUCCCCCUUAGCCUGGCGCUUUGAGCUCAGGCUGGAAGGUACUAGAGGACGGAUGCACUGGCCCAAAUGUCAGGAAACUUAUAUUCUGGUUCUAGCCCAGCCACUGACUUGCCGGUGUCUGGACAAGUCCCUUUCCUUAUCCAUGCCUUAGUUUCCCAUCUGUGACAUGAGGACACGGGAGUCUUUUCCAAAGGUCCCUCAAGCCUGCUGGCCUCACCACAGAGUCAAGACAGCCUGAAUCCAGUUGCCCAUAUGACACGAAACCUGUCACCUCAGUACUUUAACAGCUCUCUUCUCCGAAUCUCAUGAUCAGUUGUGGCUUAGAAAUUAGCCUAUUGUGACAACUAAAUGUCAAUGUCUGGUAUUGUCAAUGCCCAUCAUGUAAUCUGGCAGGGUUUGGGUUUGCCAGGGAAGUUUGUCAAGCAGAUGCUUUGAAGAAAAACUAUGCCUUGCCCAUCAGGUAUGCAGAGCAGGAACCAAGGACCGUGUCACUCCGUUUCCAUGUGGUACAGCAAUAAGUCAACAGUCAUAACCCUCCUGCCAGAUUUCUAGAACCCUUAGUUAUCCAGGCAGCCACCAAAUAAAAACAAGUAGAAAAGGACACAGAGAUGUGAGACAGUUGUGGACAUAAAGCCCACGAGGUGGGUCAUCCCAGCUCAGUAUUCAGUUACCAUGACAAACUUUUUUAUCUGGCUGCCUCUGGCAGCCCAGGGUACAAUAAAAGGCUGCACAUUAGAAGCAUAAACAAGGAUGGUCAACUCAGGCCUAAAGAUAGCAGUGAGAAGUAAACACUGCCAAGAACGGAGGACACACGGAAGAGCAGAAUCUGGGGCCAUUCUGUGUGGGUCAAACUGCUGCUUUGUCUGCUUGAAAACCCCCGUGAACAUCUUCCUAACUGCCACACAAUGCUGGCCUUGAUGCCAGCUUAUCAUACAAAAGGAUACUCUUUUAUGUCUGUCUGUGUCUUAAUGUAGAAAAGUGGGUAACAUGCUUUAGAGAAAUUCCCUACAAUUUCACAGGAAAAGAGGCUAUGAAUAGGAGCUGGUGGGUUUUGGAGCCAAGCAGAUCUGGCAUUGAAUCCUGGCUCUGCCUCGUGUUAAUCUGACCAAAUCAUGUAACCUCUGAGCCUGCUUCUUCCUCUGUAGACUGGAGUAUUGGUUCUGCCCUUGCAGACCACUGUGGAUCAGAUAUGUCCACAGAGCACUUAGCUCUGCAUGAAUGUGUUGAAUAAAUAUCUGUUUUAGUUUCUCAGCUACGAAAACAAAUACCAUACAGUGGGUUGGCUUAACAACAGGAAUUCACUGUCUUAUGGCUUUGAGGCUAGAAGUCCAAAACCAAGGCAUCAGCAAAGCAAUGCUUUCUCCCCAAAGCUGUGGAAUUCUGGGGCUGGCUGCCGGUGAUCCUUAGUCCUUGGCUUUGCACAUAGCAGCAUCUUCUGGCUACUCCCCGUGGCUUCUCCCUGUGGCCUCUAUAAAGCUUCUAGCAACAGGAUUAAGACCCAUUGAUGAUUUGGUGGCCACAUCUGAACUGAAGUAACUUCAUCAAAGGUCCUAUUUGUAAUGGGUUUACACCCACAAGAGUGGAUUAAGAACAUAUUUUUCUACAGUGUACACCUCCAAGCCACCACAGCAUCUAUCAGCAGUCUUAUUUUAAAUGAAUUUGCAAAUUUUGAGCCUUUCCUGUGUGCCUUCCUAUUAAAACCCACCCCUCCAAGAAGGUGUCCUGGAGGUGCUGCUGGACUUACUUCAAAACUGUACUUUUCCUAAAAUAAUCUAAAGUUGACCAUCUUUUGGGAUGAGCUGUGGACGUGUGUUCUCACCUGCCUUUGGAAGGAGUCCAGGCCAGCACUGACCAGAGCUGGGCCCUCUGUUUAGGAUGUGGCAAGGCCGUGCCCUUGCAUUCUCAAAGAUAGGAGUGUCCUGCAGGACACUGCCCCCUCCCAGGAAACUGAAGGGGGAAAUUUUGUAUUAAAGGUUUCUCUUCGUACUUGGAUAUUUUAAAAUAUCAAAAAGAACCUUUUUUCUAACUUAAGAAAACAUUACACACUUCCUGGGGAAAUUUUUGAAAAUACCAUAAAACAGAAAAUAAACACCAAUAAUCCCACCUCAUAGAUAACCAGAACUAGUAAUUCUUUCCUGUCUCUUUUCUUGGCACAUGUGUAUUUGUCUUUCUAUAUAUAGAAAUUUUACAAAGUUAGGAUCAUACUGUAUGCACUACUUGGUAAUCUGCUUUAUUCAAUUCAUGAUAUAUUUUGAAAUUUUGUUAUUAAAUAUUCUUAG